AGCAAAGCAAAGCAAAGCAAAGCAGAAUAAAGUGCAGCAUAAACGUGAACGUAACUCCUGCAGGAACUCCAAAUAAAAAUGGUGCUCGAUAUCAAGAUGUGCCGCUUCGACAAUGUGCCCUGGGGCUUUCGGCUGGUGGGCGGUGCGGACUACGAUUAUCCCCUAACGGUGGUUAAGGUGACCGAGGGGAGCAUUGCCGAUGAAGCUGGACUGCGGGUGGAGGACAUCAUUGUGCGCAUCAAUGACACCGCUGCCAUGCCGCUCACCCAUGACGAGGCCCACCGCCUAAUAAUGAACAGUGGCAGCGUCUUCUACUUUGGUGUUUACCGCGAGUUCGAGGAGGAGGUGUUCGAGUGCCCCAAGCGUUUCCCCACCAGCGAGAGUUCGUUGACCAAGUCCCCCACUCCCACUCCCACUGCCACUCCUCCCCUCUCGCUGUCUCCCACUCCGUCGCUGCUUCGGCUGGCGGAAGCCGCAAAUGCUCGCACUCCGGAACUCCGGUCGGAGCUCGUGGAAGCCCCCGUGGAAGAACGUCGCCAAGCCAUGUCGGAAGUGCAUUCGGAAGACAAUCGCGAGGAAGGAGGAGACCGAGGAGGACGCCUGUAUUUGCCCGAAUUACCCGAUCGUCCGUGCUCGGCGCUGUCAGAGCGGGCGGAAAUUAAGCUCGUGGAGGAGGAAAUUGCCGCCGUGCUGUCCGGCGAGACGGAGGUGCUCAAGGAGCACAGUGUCCUGGGCGUCAAUUUCUACAGGCUCUUCCCCAAGCCGGGCGUCUGCAUGGCCAGCGAUGUGCUGCGCUCCCUCAACGAGGAGGUGACCAAAACGAAGCUGGAGAAGGACAAGGAGAACCGCAAGUGGUCCACGUUCCUGCAGCGCCCCGAUCGCCCCGUGCCCAAGAGCAAGCAGCAGCUGGAGGCGGAGCGGCGAGCGGCCAAUGCCUACAAGGUGACGAUUGUCAAGUCUGCGCCACGCGGCAGCUCUCCCAUGCCGGAAGCGAAGCCGGCGCCAAAGGAAGCAACGCCGCCAGCGCCAGAGGAAGUCAAGCAGGAGGAGGUGAAGGAGGAGCCAGCCAAAGAGCAGGAAACGGAGGAGGAGGAGAAGGAGGAGGAGCCGCUGCCCACGGACAGCGAGGUGCCGAAUUUGGAGCAGCUGCCGCAAGGGGAGGAAGGGGCUCAGGAGGAUGAGGACCAACAGGAGAAGGCCGAUGCCCCAAAGGACGUGUCCGACGGCCUAACCGAAGCGGAAGCACCGCCUGCGGCCAGCGACGAGGCCACUGAGCCCGGCACCCCUGCUGCACCCCCCUCUGCAUCUCCGCCACCCAAAAGCGAGGAGGAACAGGCGCUGGAGCGGCAGCUGGCCGAUGUGCAAAAGCAGCUCGCUGCCCUCUCCACUCUGCCCUCGACCAUACAGUCCACGCUGGACGCGGUGACCAAGCAGCUGGCCGACCUGCUGCCCACAUUCAAGCUCCAGCAACAGCCGCAGGCCAUGCCACAAAUCGACGAAGGCCUGGGCGAGGAGGGAGAGGAGCCCAGCCAGGCGCAGUGCCAGCCCCAGUCCCAGUCCCAGUCCGGAUCCCAAAUGGCCGCUGGCGAAAUGGAGGAUGCAGGCAACGGCAUAUCCAUAUCUGGGGCCGACAAGCCACUGUCGGGGCCAUGUGAAAAUAAUGAGAAUAGAUGCGAUGCCAACGACCUGGAAGUGGCGGAAAUUUCGCGCUCAACUGACGACAAUCGCCAGGAUCAGGAGCAGCAGCAGCAGGCAGCUGCAAAAGCUCAGCCACAGGAGCAGGAGCUCAGCGAGGAGCAGAGCUUCAAGAAGCAGAAGAAACACGAUGUCAUUGAGGAGCUGGAGGAGCAUUUGGUGCGCAAAAACAAUCCUCGCCGUUCGAAGCGUGCCUUUGGGCCACUGGUGCCAUCAUCGGAGCGGCCAUUGGUGCUGCCGGGCGGCCGACGCUGGUAUCGGCCCAAGGAUGCCUACAACGAUGAAUUCAUAGCCGAGACACUGAGCGCCCAGGCGGAACUCAUCACGGGCAGCACUCUCGGCUGUCCCUACGAGAGUCCACUGCUGGGCUAUGACGCCAGGGUCAACUUCAUGAAGUACCAAAAACCGGAGCGCAAAAUCGAUCUGAAUCGCAGCGAGGUAUACAAAUAUCUCAAUCCUCAUUUGGAUCGUGCGCCCGUGCGGGGCAUCGAGGUGCGUGCACCACUGGUGGCCGCCGAGUCCGACAUACGUCAGGCCGUGCAGUCAUAGGAACCCAACCCAACCCAACCCAACCCAACCCACACACCGCACUCGAUUAUCGCAUAAGAAGCUCAACUCAAAUAUAACUAUCAAUAUGCCAA